GUGCCCGCGCUGGGGGCUGGUGAGAGGUGAAUGAAGGCGGCUGGGGGCCGGCUGCGCGCAUUGCCCCGGCCCUGGCUGUGUGAUCCGAGCCCGCUCGCUGCUCCUCGCGCCCGCUGCCAGCGGCGCCUUCUCCAGCCCGGGCGGACAGGCCGGCCGGGGAAACUCCAGCGAGAUGGAGCAGACAUGUGAUGAUAUAGAUGAAAUGUUCAGCAAUUUACUGGGGGAAAUGGACCUGCUGACGCAGAGUUUAGGAGUGGAAACUGUCCAGCCUCCAUCCUCCAAAGAAUCUAAUAAAGAAUAUAACUUUACAGUUGGCUUUAAAGAUUUAAAUGAAUCAUUGAGUGCACUGGAGGACAAUGACUUGAAUGCUUUAAUGGCUGAUCUAGUAGCAGACCUAAGUGAAGUUGAACAGAAGACAUUACAAGCACAGAAAACUUCUCACUACCCACAAAGUGCAGUCACUCAGCCUUCAACAGAUGUUUGUGCUACUGCUUCUUAUGGUUAUAAAUCAAAUGUCCCUGUUACUACCACUGGACAUUUUGAGGAUGACUUGCCCCCUCCACCUCCAGAUCCUGAUUUCGACCUCCCACUACCACCGCCUCCUCCUGAACCACUCACUCAGGAAGAACUAGAGGCACAAGCAAAAGCCGACAAGAUUAAACUUGCAUUGGAAAAACUGAAGGAAGCAAAGGUUAAAAAGCUUGUCGUCAAGGUGCACAUGAAUGAUAACAGUACUAAGUCCCUGAUGGUGGAUGAACGGCAGGUGGCACGAGAUGUUUUAGACAACCUCUUUGAGAAAACCCACUGUGAUUGCAAGGUGGAUUGGUGUCUGUAUGAAAUAUACCCAGAACUACAAAUUGAAAGGUUUUUUGAAGACCAUGAAAAUGUUAUUGAAGUCUUAUCAGAUUGGACCCGGGACAGUGAAAACAAGGUUCUGUUUUUGGAAAAAAAUGAAAAAUAUGCUGUGUUCAAAAAUCCCCAGAAUUUCUACCUGGCAAACAAAGGAAAAAAUGAAGGCAAGGAAAUGAAUGAGAAAAACAAAGAGUUUCUACUGGAGGAAAACUUCUGUGGGACGUCUGUCAUUGUGCCAGAACUUGAAGGGGCCCUUUAUUUGAAGGAAGAUGGAAAAAAGUCCUGGAAGAGGCGCUAUUUUCUUCUACGAGCUUCUGGAAUUUAUUACGUCCCCAAGGGAAAGACCAAGACAUCCCGGGAUUUGGCUUGCUUCAUACAGUUCGAGAAUUUGAAUAUUUAUUAUGGUACUCAGUACAAACUGAAAUACAAGGCACCUACGGAUUACUGCUUUGUCUUAAAGCAUCCCCAGAUUCAAAAGGAGUCACAAUAUAGCAAGUAUUUAUGCUGUGAUGACCAAUGGACUCUACAGCAGUGGAUAACAGGAAUCAGAAUUGCCAAGUAUGGCAAGAUACUGUAUGAUAACUACAAACGUGCAGUACAGAGGGCCAGCUUGGCCUCUGGAUGGGCAAACCUGGCGACUGUGAAACCAGCUGUCACUGCAGGAUCAUCCUUGACAGACAUAACAGGUACUGUUCAAGCAAAUGGACAGAUUCUCCAGAGCAUACCUCCUGCCAGCUUGGAGGCCCAGAAACACAAUGAGAUGACAAAGGAUAAGAAACCCAAAGAUGUUAAUGGCUGCUGUUCAGUGCAGCCAACCAGCCAGCCGCAGACAUACCAGAAUAAACGGGCCACAAUAAAGCCACCACCGCCUCAGAGGCGAUCUUCAGCUGUGAGCUCUACACCUCUUCUACCUGUCCAACCCAAACGCGGAAGUGGAGUUUUCACAUCAGAUCCACUCACUUUUCCAGCACCACCACCACCUGAAAUGACAGAGGAUUUGCCACCACCGCCACCUGAAUUCUGUGAAGAUCCUCCAGAUUUUGUGCCCCCUCCACCACCCACCUGUAGCAGCAGCAGUGAAGACCUGCUACCACCCCCUCCACCUCCACCUCCUCAGGCCUCUGUCUCCAAUAAGCCACUACCUGUGACAAAGAAAGCUGUGCCACUUCCUCCAAAAAGACAAGCGAACACUGAGCAGACAGAAGAACCAAAGUCAACGGGGCUGCCUCCAGCUGGAGGUGGAAGUGGACAGCCAGAUCUCAUGUCUGAUCUGAUGAAAGCCCUACAGAAGAAAAGGGGCAACACAUCUUGAAAUCUAUGGGACAGACUGACUUUAAACCACAGCUCUCAUUGUGGGGAUGUCCUGGAAGGAUUGUGCUGGAACAGGAAGUGCAUGCCGGUGGGGAUAGCUCUACCACAACUUGAGAUGGGGUACUGGGCACUCCCUCUUCACUGAGCCCGCACCCCUAGCUGAGUUGAGAGGUUGGGCCCAAACCCUUGUCCCUCACUCCACUAUGGAUGGCUAGGGUUGGUGGCAGCAGUACUAGCCUAGAUUAGUGCCUUCACUUGGUGAGUGAAGGUACUGCCUCUGUGCUGGGAUUAGAGCUGGUUGAAAAGGGCCAAUUUUUCAUGGGAAAUUUUUUUCAUUUUUUUUCUAUAUUGACCAUUUUUUGUUUUCAAUUUCUGGGUUUUAAUCAAAAAUAUGGAAAAUUUCCACAAAAUAAUUUUUUUCACCUAAGGUUUUCAGUUUGGUCAAAAACAUUUUUCAAUUUUAUAAUUUGGACAAAAGUUUUUUUAAUUAAAAAUUUUCAACUAGCUCUGUCUAGGAUACAGUAUGGAUAAGGCUUUUGGCAGCCCCUUAUUCGCACCCUUGCACACUCAUGCCUUGCCAUCAACAGUCUGCCACUUUGACAUUUACUGAAAUGGUUUAAAUUCGAAUGUCCCCAUAUAAAACUAAAAUUACUUUGGUCAGCUAUGACAGCUGUUGUUUAUAAACUUCAUUUAUCUGUUUAAUUUUUAGACUAAAUCCUUUUAAGGUAACUAUUUGUCAUUUUUUCAUUUGGUUAACAAUUUUUGUCUUAAACUAUAUCUAAAAAUAUUCCUCUCAUAAAGACAUUCAAAUUAUCUUGUACUUAUAUAUGAUUCUGUCUCCUUCUACACACGUGUCCUCAUUUGUGCUUCUCGUAAUUCUCUCUUGGUCACUUAAGGUGCAUUCAUUAUUAAUCCCCAAAUAAAAAUCUCUUUUAUUUUAUGUCUGCACAAACAGUGUCAAAGUUAAUGAACAUGGAUCUUUACUGGCAUCUGGUAUCUCAUUCAAUUUAAAAUAUUUUAAGACAUCAUCUUUGGUAUCUCGUGGGCUCUUCCUGUUUUCUUCUUCCUCCUCUUAUGAAAGACUCUGUCAUUAAUAUGCUUUUGCAUUUUCAGUAUUUGAAAAACAGGAAAAUAAAUUGGAGUCAAUUCAUUCUUAGUAUAGAAUCAAUAACUGGAAUUACACUAGGAAAGGGUUCAGUGCAUCAAAGAACUGAACUAAUGAGGGCUACAAGGACAUCAAUAUAUAACAACUGAUCUCCUCUUGCCCAUAUAGGAAGGGGUAUUUGGCUACCUCCACCUCACUGUGCCAGACUCCCUGCGAUCACACGGAGUACUCUCCAGGUUUCGUGCUUGGGUGAUUGGCCAAGGAGAAGUCCACCAACCCCACAAGGAGUCUGCAGGAUAUUCUGCUUUAUUAACUUUACAGCAGAAAUGCCUUCUGAAGUGGGAUUCCCCAGCCUGUGUCUGCCUCUGAAGUACCUGACAGUAGAGUGUCAUUUUAUGGAGAGUAAUUAGGGAGGGAUGGAGAAUUAGCUGUGUGCACUCUUUUGGCAUAAAAACCCCUCUCAAAACACACCAUGCCUUUCUGAGAUCUGAUUUUUAUAUCAAAUGGUUUUUAUUCUUUUAAAAACUAUUCAACUGUUAUCAAAAUAAAGCAUAAUACAGC